AUGUCUGUCUCUGAAACCAAUCCUUCAACAUACACCAUCAAGUCUGGAGGCACAUUCGCGUCAAUUGCAACCCGACUCGGGACAUCAAUAGCAACAUUCGAGCAAGCCAACUCUGGUAUUGAUUCCAGUCAACUGCAAGUUGUGCAAUUUAUCCAGUUGCAAGCUGCGGGGUUAAAAUACACGAUCCAAGCUGGAGAUACGUUUAGUUCGAUAGCAGCCAAUAAUGGAUCAACAGUAGCUGCCCUCGAAGCUGCGAACCCUUUGGUAAAUCCAACAGAUCUCAUUGUUGGAUCUCAGAUCUGGAUACCUGCAAGUUCGCCUGUUGCUAUCGAGCCUGUCACUUUACCUGCAAGCCCCGCAAUUAGCACAUAUAUUGUUCAAGCCGGAGACACGUUUACCUCCAUUGCAUCAAAUCUCGGGAUCAGUGUAGCUUCAUUAGAAGCCGCCAAUCCUAAUGUCGUUCCAUCCAAUCUCCAAGUUGGAUCCAUCCUCACCAUCCCCACUACAUCUCAAUCCACACCUACACCUCAACCUGUAACUCCCACGCCAGCACCAACAACAUCCUACACAAUACAAGCCGGCGACACUUUCACCUCUAUCGCUACGAAUCUCGGAGCUAUCGUCGCUGCUCUCGAAGCCGCAAACCCAAACGCCAACCCUUCAAAUCUCCAAGUUGGGUCACAGCUCAACAUUCCUGGCAUCGCUCAGUCAACACUCACACCCGUAACACCCACGCCCGCGCUUCCUAAUAGCACGUAUACAAUCCAAGCUGGCGAUACGAUCAGCUCUAUUGCUUCCAAUCUUUCCACCACAGUCGCUAUACUCUCAGAGCUGAAUCCCGAAGUUAACGAGAACGCAUUACAAAUCGGAACUCAGAUCUCUGUCCCAGCACAGACUACAACACCAAACACUGCUGCCACCAUGGGGACGUACACCAUCCAAGCAGGCGAUACAUUCUCUUCUAUCGCCAUCAAAGAAGGGACAACCAUUCCAUCCCUUCAAGCAGCAAGUAAAUCCACCCCCCUUCUCCCCUCUCCCCAAGCACCCGUUUCCCGAAACUAA